AUGGCAGAGUGGUCGAUUCACGUGGCUGUGGUCGCCGAACCGUACUUCAUUCCCGCCCGUGACAACUGGUUGGGAUGCGCUGACGGUUUGGUGGCCAUUAUUGGCGAGACUCUGACCGACCCGUCUCGGGGCCGCGGCUGGGUUGCUGCGGUCUCGGGCGGAAUCGUUAUUGUAGGGGCGUAUUUCUCCCCCAACAAGAGUCUCGCCGACUUUGAGGGUUUCCUUGUCGAGUUGGGCGCCGUCGUAGGCCGCUAUCACCCUCGUCCCGUUCUGGUGCUCGGGGAUCUCAACGCCAAGUCAUCGGCGUGGGGAUCUCCGGUCACUGACCCUCGGGGCGAGGUGUUAGAAGAGUGGACGGUGACGACUGGUCUGGUCGUCCUGAAUCGGGGUUCGGAAUACACGUGCGUGCGGCAGCGGGGUGGGUCGAUAGUGGACGUCUCGUUUGCUAGCCCCUCUGUCGCCAGCCGAAUCCGCGACUGGCGUGUCGCCGCAGAGGUGGAGACGCUGUCGGACCAUCGGUAUAUCCGGUUCGACGUCUCUGCCCAGACUGCGAGCGGCCGCCAUCCAACAACCCCGAUUAACGACGGCCCGCGUUGGGCGCUUAAGCGCAUCGACAGGGAACUACUCGAAGAAGCUGCCCUAGUCCAGUCCUGGAUUCGGGAGUCGACGACGGACGGCCCCGUCGACGUCGAAGCGGUGGCGCUAUGGUUUCGCGGGGCGAUGACGCAGAUCUGCGACGCGUCCAUGCCCCGUGUCCACCAACGGUCCGCAAGGCGCCAGGUGUACUGGUGGACCGCCGAGAUCGCGCAAUUGCGCAUAGCGUGCGUUGCGGCUCGUCGCCGGUACACCCGAUACCGGAGGCGGCGUCGACGGGAUUCCGCCGAGGAGGACGCGCUGUAUGAGGUGUACCGCGCGUCUAAGGAGACUCUGCGGCUGGCCAUCGGCGACUCAAAGUCGCGUGCCAGGGAGGAGCUACUGGGGUCCCUAGAUCGGGAUCCGUGGGGGCGCCCCUACCGUUGGAUUCGGGGCAAGUUGCGUCCCUGGGCGCCUCCACUAACACAAAGGAUGCAACCCCAGUUGCUAGAGUCGGUGUUAUCGACUCUCUUCCCUGAGCGAGUGGGACACGUUCCCCCGGCGAUGGCUUCGCCCUCAGCCACAGACUCUCCAGAAGAGGAGAGCACCGAUGUCCCCGAGGUGACGCAAGCAGAGACGAGAGUGGCCGUGUCGCGACUCCGGGCUAAGAACACUGCGCCCGGACCCGACGGAGUUCCUGGUCGAGCUCUCGUCCUGGCUCUGAAGGAGCUAGAGCCCCAGCUGAGAGGGCUCUUCACGGCAUGUCUCGAGCAGGGUCAGUUUCCCAGUGUGUGGAAGGAGGGGAGGCUGGUCCUGCUCAGGAAGGAGGGGCGCCCCGCGGACUCACCGUCCGCGUACCGGCCCAUAGUGCUGCUCGACGAGGCGGGCAAACUUCUUGAGCGUAUCAUCGCAGAUCGCCUCGUCGGCCACUUGUGCAGAGAGGGGCCGGACCUGGACGAGAACCAGUUUGGUUUUCGUCGCGGGCGCUCCACCAUAGACGCUAUUACGCGCGUGAGGGCCCUGGCGGAGGAGACAGUAUCCCGGGGUGGGGUGGUGCUGGCGGUGUCUUUAGACAUCUCCAACGCCUUCAACACCCUACCCUGGAGUUGUAUUCGGGAGGCACUGAAUUACCAUCGCGUGCCUCCCUACCUCCGCCGCAUAAUAGGGGCUUACCUUGAGGAGAGAUGCAUUACCUAUUGGGGACGUGACGGCGCUGGUCGGCGCGUCAUGUCGUGCGGUGUUCCGCAGGGAUCGGUCUUGGGACCGCUCCUGUGGAACAUCGGCUACGACUGGGUGCUGAGAGGUGAACUCCCGUCGGGCGCCGAAUUGACGUGUUAUGCGGAUGACACGCUCGUCACUGCCCGGGGGAGUUCGCACAGGGAAGCAGCGUUGGUUGCCACGGCUGCGGUGUCACAAGUGGUGAACCGCAUCCGGCGCCUGGGCCUGGAGGUGGCCCUAAGUAAGUCGGAGGCCAUGGUGUUCCAUGGCCCUCGACGCGCGCCGCCGCCGGGUUCACACAUCGUGGUCAGCGGGGCCCGGAUAGCUGUCGAGUCCACCAUGAAGUAUCUGGGAUUGGUGCUCGACAGCCGAUGGGAAUUCGGACCCCACUUCCGGCGGCUGGCGCCCAAGCUGAUGGGUGCAGCGGGCGCGCUAUCAACGUUGCUUCCCAACUUGGGGGGCCCGAGCGCCGCCUGUAGGCGGUUGUACGUGGGAAUCGUGCGGUCCAUGGCCCUGUAUGGGGCCCCUGUGUGGGCGAUGGACAUGACGGCCAGCACUUUCGCCAUUCUGCGUAAACCGCAGAGGGCGAUGGCCGUCAGAGUCGUCCGCGGGUAUCGCACGAUUUCCUACGAGGCGGCUUGCGUCCUGGCCGGAUCCCCGCCCUGGGACCUAGAGGCGAAAGUACUCGCGUCAUUAUAUCGAUGGCGCGAGGAAGAGCGGGCACGGGGCUCGAGACCGGUGCAGCGGCAGAUCGCGCUGCGCCGAGAGGAGCUCCGUCAGGUCUUGGUGGCGGAAUGGCGGCAAAGGCUUCUGCGCCCUACCGCCGGCCUCGCUACCGUCGAGGCGAUCCGGCCAGUACUCGACGACUGGCUCGGGAGAAGGCACGGCUCCCUGUCGUUUAGGGUGACGCAGGUGCUGUCGGGGCAUGGCUGCUUCGGCAAGUACCUGCGCCGCAUAGACAGGGAGCCGGACGCUCGGUGCCACCACUGCGUCCAUUGCGGGGAGGACACGGCGCAACACACGCUCGCCGAGUGUGUAGCUUGGGAGGAGCAGCGCCGUGUCCUCACAAAUAAAGUAGGAGGCGAUCUGUCGCUGCCGGCCUUAGUGCGGAAGAUGGUCGGUAGCGCAGAGUCGUGGGAUGCAGUGGUGUCCUUCUGCGAGGACGUGAUGUCGCAGAAGGAAACUGCGGAACGGGAAAGGGAGAUCUCGACUCCCUUCCCUGGCCGCAGAAGGCGCACCGGGCGCAGGAGAAGGGCGGACAACGCCCUUUUCCGGCCCCCAUAA